GCGGAGUGAUCUGAAAUCCGGACUACACCCAGCCGCAGCCACAGCCGCAUUCGCACCCACACUAGAGCCCCGGCUUUCUUUGCCGCCCCAGCGCGUCCGAGUAUUGGUGGCUUGUAUCCGAGGCUCCCGAAUCUCUCUCUUUUCUGCCUUGGUCGCUCUCUCACUCCUCCUUAGCCAUUUUGUACCCCUGCUUUGUCUUUCUUGAACAUGUCUUGGCAAAACUACGUGGAAAACCUGAUGGCCGAUGGCAGCUGUCAGGACAGCGCCAUUGUUGGCUAUUUGGACGCCAAAUACGUUUGGGCAGCACAUGACGGUGGGACUUUCAACAAUAUCACGUCCCAAGAAAUUGACGUUCUGGUAGGUAAAGACAGAGAGACCUUCUACACCUGCGGUCUGACUCUGGGCUCAAAAAAGUGUUCGGUGCUCAGAGACAGCCUGCAGGACGAGGGCGACUGGACAAUGGACAUGAGGACAAAGAGCCAAGGAGGAGAACCCACAUACAACAUCUCUGUGGGACGAGCCGGACAAGUUUUGGUUCUUGUAAUGGGGAAAGAAGGGGUCCAUGGAGGCGGAUUGAAUAAGAAGGCUUACUCAAUGGCAAAAUACUUGCGGGAUUCGGGCUUUUAAUGUUUCCCAGGCUCAUUUAGUAUUGGUUAUAAUCAUGGGAAAGGAGGCGAUCCAUGGUGGAAAUCUUAACAAGAAAGCACAUGAAAUGGCGGAAUACCUGAGGAAGGCUGGAUAUUAAGCAACCUCACCAUCCAUCAACCUUAACAGCUCACUACAUACUUCCAGGAUUAAAGGGCAAUGUUUCUUUCAUCCCCUUCUGUUUUAUACACAGCCCCAUUUUUUUCUCCAUCCUAAUCAUAUAAACAUUUUUUUGACACGACAGUAAUGGCAUGGUCACUGAAAUUGUUUAAAUGUUUAUAAACCAAAGGAGUGUACAAAAAAAACAACCACAAAGUGUAAUAAAAAUGGAAUUUGCCUUGUAUGAUAUCUGCUUUGCUAGUAGCUGGUUUAAAAAGAGAUAAAGGCAUUUCCCCGUUCUAUUCAUCAGCAUGUCUGCAUUGUUGCAUGCAUAUUUGCUUUUUUAUCGUUCUCUUGGCCCUUCACCUGUCUCCCAGCCAAAACAUCUUACCAAUAAAAACAGUUUACGCUGACUUAAGCUUGUAUCUGUGUAUAAAUUUGCCACGUGCCCCUGUACCACCCCCUGCCCCCAUUUUGUUUUUUGGACCUGCCAUCACAUGUCCAUGUCAUGUACCUGGAUGUUAUCUUGAAAAGAUGUGCUCGUUCUUGUUCGAGUGUAGUGUAAGGACAGCGUUGUUGUGAUACUUCCAACACAUUGUUGUGGAAAGCUGUCUGAGCCUUUAUUUCAUAUCCUUGAUUUGAUGAUUGAGUUUUGAGUUGGUAUUCUUGGUAUCUAGUGCAAGGUCAAUGGACCCGUGGACUCACUCGAGGACAGAGUGCAUACGUGUACACGGACUUGAAGAUGAAUGUCAAGGAUAUCUUCCUAUGUUUUUUUUCUGUCCCCAGUAGUCUUAUGUUGACCUACUAGUAUAUAAUUACAUCUUACUACUUGUAAUCCUUUGCUACAGUAGCAACAUUACUAGAUCCAAAUAGAAGGCAUGUGUCACACGCACUUGGAACGUUCUGCAUCAUACUUGUAGAACCAAAAUGCCCACAAGUAUUGUCAUACUAUUCUGGAGAAAUGUAUUGCAAUAGUGGAAAAAUCGUUAAUAGCAAGUCAGUUGUUAUGCAAGUGUGCUGAAUUGUCUUACUAGUGAUUUACCAGUCAGCCAGUCGACUAGUUAGUGGACGAGUUAAUUGACAAGUCAACUAGUUUGAUAUUCUGUUUUAAGAGGUCCAUAUACUAGUGAAGUCUUUGCCCAGAGUCGGAUGUACUAGUGAAGUCUUUGCCCAGAGUCAGAUAAAGCCAUUUAAGCAUUUUUUUCAACGUUGACAUCCAGCCUACGAUCACACUCGAGGGCCACAAGCUGUGGAAUGAACAUUAGUAGGAAGACUCGAUGGUUCUACUAGUUGUCUAAUAGUGCAUUGAAUUGUCCUACUAGUGAGGACAACGCAUGCUAGUACACGGACCUCAAGUUGGAUUUCAAGUAUAUUGAAUAAAUGCUCAAUCGGCUUUCCUAACAUUCUGUCGUCUGUGGUCAUUCCACCUCUGCGACAGCUCACAUUUAUCAAUCAGCCCCUGCAAUUUGACCAAUUGGCUGUUAAUUACCACCCCGUUCUCGUCCUCCUUCCCCAUUUCUUCCCACCUUGGACCAAUCAUUGAUGUACAAGGAUGUCCACCUCCAUUCUGAUAGAUGAUUGUUGGCAUUACCCGUUGACUGUAAUAAAUAAAACCUUAGGCGGCUUCGGAAAGUUGUAAAAUCGUAACGUCUCCUUUUUUUGUUUUUAAGACUUCGACACUAUAAAUUUGUCAAUACUAAUAGACUUUGAUGUUGAUUUUUUUCGACUAACUUCAUUAACUACUGAAACUACAUGAAUGCAUACUGACUGUAAACCAAGGGUGUCAACUUCUGACAUUAUUUGCAUUGUGCUUUAGUCAUCCAAGAUGUAUUCACAAAUUGUCAUCGUAUGGUACUUAGAAGUAUUAUAGCUAAAAAACAAAAUGAAUAAAAAUAAUGCUGUGUACACUAAACUUAUUGAAAGUGGUGUUGGUUGGAAUAAGAACAUUUGUAAGUCGUCUUGUGAUAAACUUCCGAGAAUUGUGUAUUCAGUGCCAUAAAAAUCAACCUCAUGUGUUGCUACUAGUUGGAUUUUUACCUGCUGCCCUGGCAAGAUAUAACUUUUAAUGGCACUUUCCGAAGGGACAUUUUGGCAUCAGUUAUCUCCAGACUUUGUGGAAUAUGUACAGAAUUAAACGAGAGAGAGAAAAA